CACGAAUGGAUCUUGAAAUACCAGAGUCUUUAGUGCCUCCUUUAAAAUUCAAUUCAGUGCAGCCUAGUCUCUAUAGAGGAGCUUAUCCCCGAGAAAUCAACUUUCCUUUUUUACAAACUUUACAAUUGAAGACAAUUGUAUCUCUUACUCCAGAACCAAUAAGUGCUGAAAAUGAUCCCAGUCUAUAUGAUUUUGCAAAGUCUAAUAAUAUUAAAUUGAUUCAUUUAGAAUGUGCUCAAUCGGGCAAAGGUAAGAAAAGAGGUGUUCCUACUGGUUAUACAGCUAUAUUAGAAGCAUUAAAUAUAAUGAUACAUAAAGACUUAGCACCAGUAUAUAUACAUUGCCUAAAUGGUGGACAGGUGACAAGUCUCGUAAUUGCAUGCUUAAGAAAGUUACAAUUUUGGUCCUCGAUUGCAAUAUUUAAUGAGUUCAUCAAUUUUACUGCAAAUAUCACUGUGAACGAUCGUAAUUUCGUCGAGGGUUUCAAAGGUGAUAUAAAUAUCAGCACAUCCAAUAAAGUUGAUUGGUUAUGGGUUGGUAUGAGCAAAGGGGUAAUUGGGAAUCAUCCGAAGAUAAAAGUCAAUGAAAUUGAUUCUGAUCCUAAAUCAAAGAUUAAUGAUGAUACGAACAUUUGAAGGUUACAAAUAUA